AUGGGCGAUUUCACUGCCGCCGGGGAUGGCAUCAGCGGUCACUAUAAUGGAACUUCACUGGGCAUGCAGAUCACCAUCGCGACACUUGCUGGUGUCACUUGGUAUAAUGCUUUCGAGUUAAUGAUCCUUCUCUUCGUCACGUUCGCUGAAUACCGAGGACUCUACUUUUGGAGUUUGUUUAUUUCUUCCUCCGCCGGUCUAGUUCCCUACUCGCUGGGCUUUUUGCUCAAAUUUUUCCAAGUCACCGACGACGUUCCAUGGCUCCCUGUUACCUUGCUCACAAUUGGAUGGUGGUCCAUGGUCACUGGCCAGUCUGUUGUCCUAUACUCGCGCCUACAUUUAGUCCUAUCAAACCAGCGAGUCCUACGUCGCGUGUUGAUGAUGAUCGUGAUUAAUGCAAUCAUUCUCCAUUUGCCCACUACUGUUCUCACGUACGGUACCAACCUGGCCGAUGACGCCUCCCUGGGCUUAUGGAUGAAAGGCUACAAUAUAAUGGAAAAGAUCCAAAUGACAGGCUUCUGUCUGCAAGAAUUCAUCAUCUCAGGACUAUACAUCUGGGAAACAGUCCGCAUGCUACGCUUAGACCCGGACCGUAUCAAGCGCAAGAUUCAGUACCAACUACUGAUCAUCAACUUCAUCAUCAUCAUUCUGGACGUGGGCCUUCUCGUCGCCGAGUACUUGGACUUCUACAUCAUGGAAACCAUGCUCAAAGGCGUCGUGUACAGCAUCAAGCUGAAACUCGAAUUCGCCGUCCUCGGUAAACUCAUUCACUUGGUCCACAAUCACGUCUGGAAACCCGAAUCCUUUUCUUCACCACGCGACCUCCCCGACUUCGUCGAUGCAACCCGCGUCACCUCCGAUGUGACCCAUGCCUUCCCUAGUGUCGUCCAUCGCAGACCAUCCCGGAUGGAUGUCGACGACAUUUCUAUCGCCAUGUUUGAGCAUUUACCCUCCGACCGCAUACGAACCAAUUCCGAUCUCUCCAACUCGUGGAGCAAUGAGGCCCGCGCCUAUCAUGUCGAUCACCUCCCAGUCGACUUCACAAAUCCUUUCCGCCAUUAUCCACCUCGCCACACUCGGGAAAUUCCUGAGAAACCGGGAUGA